ACCAGUGAAGGUUAUCUAGUAAUCUCAAAAUGCAAUGAAACUUAUUGUGUCAUAUGCGACAAUGCAAUGCACCCAUAUUCACGCAGCAGCACUCUAGAAGUACGAAACAAUAUACAAUUAGAACACGCAUUUCAUACGUGCUGCUGUAAUUUCUACCCAAACGUUUCUACCCCAUGUUCUUACCUAAUAUUAGGUAAGGCUAUUUAUUAGAUUCGAACUACCUAAUCGAAAAAAAAAAACAAAUCAAGAGUUGUACCUAAACCAAAUAUGAACAAAACAAGAAAAUGAAUCGGUAUCAUUCAACGUGUUACUUCUCUUUGGUUAUUAAAGGCAGUUCUGAAAAGUAAUGGAUCAAUCGUAUAAAUCAAAAUUCAACAAAUUCAAGUGCAGUGCAAAAAUAAACAAUCCAAAGUGCAACCGUCAUAAUCUACGGGGCAUGUCAUUAAGAUUGAUAGAUAAAAUUCAUUCCAUGGGAUAUACACAUGAAAUCGACGAAUCGAUGAGUAUUUGUGAGUCAUGUCGUGGAUUGAUAAGUCACAACAGAAGCCCGAAUACGAAAAAACGCCGAUCGGAUGGAAACGACGAAACUAUGCAACCAUCAUUUAGUGGGCAGCAACAUCAUGAUGUUCCAGAACCAGAACCGUCAACGAGUGGUCAACAAAUCGAACAUGAGCUGGAUAUGGUACCAUCUAUUUCAUCAUUGGAGUCAAUUCCGUCAACAGAUCAACUACAGGGUCCCCAUAAUAUUGAGAAGUUUAAUACCAUUGCUGAAACAUUGAGUUUAUCGCCAAUCUCAUCUAGAAACAUGAGAAGUAUGGAAUAUCGCAUAAAAAAAUCAUUGCAGAUUACGAAAGCAGUUCGAAAAAAUAUCUUCGGAAUAGAUUCAACGGAUGUUGGCAAAGUGGAGGCGUAUGACGAGAUAAUUAUGCAGUUAAAGGAUAAGUUCAAUCACCCUACAACUGACAGAAGCGAACAGAUUAAAAUACUAUCUGUACUUCCUAAGUCUUGGUCGGUAAAUAAAAUCACAAGAGAGUUUAACGCACCAAUGUAUAUGGCGAGGCAGGUGAAGGAUCUUGUUUAUGAACAGGGUAUUCUUUGUACCACCGAAAAAAGAAGGGGGCAUGGUAUUGAUGACGAUACAAAACAAAUAGUAAGAGAAUUUUUUGAUGAUAAUGAUAUCAGCAGGCCAAUGCCAGGAACAAAUGAUUUUGUUUCUGAGGUUCGAAAUGGAAAAAAACAACAAGUUCAAAAACGACUUUUGAUGAUGUCGCUCAAAGAGGCUUAUAUGAUUUUUGUAGAUAUGUACAAAACUGUGAAUAUUGGUUUCACAGUAUUUACACAGUUGCGACCAAAGCAUUGUAUUUUACUUGAUUCUACUGGUAUACAUAAUGUAUGCAUAUGUACUAUUCAUGAAAAUGUAAAUUUAAUGUUCAACAGUAUAAGAAUUGUGUCACAAGAUGAAAUAAUACAAAAAAUGCUUUGCGAUAUUUCCACCAGAACAGAUAAUUGCUUUUUCCGUGCUUGUGAAAAGUGUGCUUGUAAUGAACACAUUGAAGAGGAACUUACAUUGAUAUUAGAAUCAAAUGACAAAGAAGAGAUCGGGAGUAAUUCGCGAAUAGGGCGUAACUAACAAAGCAAUAACAAUGCGAAAACAACAACCGAAUUUUGCUGAUCAAAUUUUAAUUCCUGUUUAGAAGUAAUACAGAAUAAUUCAACUUAAAUAAGGUUAAUUGAUAAAGUUCUGAAAUAGUUUCUUGUUUUUCUAAGAACACUGCACGAAUUUGAUAUUUUUUGCACUAAAACUUGCAUUCAUUUAAUUACGCCUGAAUUGAUACCUGAGAAUGCUAAUUUCGCCCAAUACUAUGCGCCUCGAAUCGAUAUCAUUUUCAGAAUCGCCUUUUACUAUUCGCCUUGUUUAUGAUUUUGACAGAAUUUCGCCAUUUGCUUUCGCCGUGUUUACGUUUUGAUUUCAGUUUCGCCUUCUACUAUCGCCGUGUUUACGUGUUUAUUUCAGUUUCGCCUUUCACUUUCGUAAACAAAACACCAAACAAAACAAAGGAGUAGAAGGCGUAAUUCUUGUUUUUGUUCGUUUGGAAUAGAAUGGGAUUACGCCUUUCACUCAAUCAGUGAUUUUCAAUAGUUAGAAAAGUGAUAUCAAGGAAACUUUGUGAGCAUUUAGAAGACAAAUCUAGCUUCUUUUCACUCCUGCAAUUACUCAAAUUGUGUACAUUUUGUUGGUUACGGCUUUUUCGCUAAUUAUUACGGAGAUUAU